AUGGAUCCCGGCAAAGUGGGGACACAGCCGGCUGUUGCCAGCGGCGGCGUCGGAACCGGCGUGAGUGCAAAGGCGCCCAAACAUCUGUGGAGGCAGCAGAACCAGGGUGCGCUCUCCCCGCUCCACCACGCUCUCCUAGUGCGCAAGAGCCACCAGCGCGUCAGACAGCGAGGUUUCUCCGACACCGAGCGGUACCUCAGCCCUCUCAACAUGGACCGGACGUACGCCGUGGACACGGGACACCGACCCGGACUGAAGAAAUCACGCAUGUCUUGGCCGUCGUCGUUUCAAGGUCUUCGACGUUUCGACGUGGACAAUGGAACAUCAUCAGGUCGCAGCCCGCUGGAUCCAAUGGCCAGCCCAGGAUCGGGCCUCAUCCUGCAGGCCAACUUUGUCCACAGCCAGCGGAGGGAGUCAUUCCUGUACCGCUCGGACAGCGACUACGACCUCUCGCCCAAGUCUAUGUCCCGAAACUCCUCCAUCGCCAGCGACAUCCAUGGUGACGACAUGAUUGUAACACCAUUUGCACAGGUGCUUGCAAGCCUAAGAACUGUACGGAAUAACUUUGGUGCAUUAACCAACCUGCAGCAAGACAGAGCGUCUAAUAAGAGAUCACCCAUGUGCAACCCACCGCCAAUCACCAAGACCACCUUUACAGAGGAGGCCUAUCAGAAACUGGCCACUGAGACUCUGGAGGAGCUGGACUGGUGCCUGGACCAGCUGGAGACCCUGCAAACCAGACACUCAGUCAGCGAGAUGGCCUCCAAUAAGUUCAAGAGGAUGUUGAACAGGGAGCUGACUCACCUCUCAGAGAUGAGUCGCUCUGGGAAUCAGGUGUCUGAGUUCAUCUCCAGCACCUUCCUAGACAAGCAGCAUGAGGUGGAGAUGCCAUCUCCUCAGUCUCAGAAGGAUAAGGAGAAGAAGAACAAGCCCAUGUCUCAGAUCAGUGGUGUAAAGAAGCUUCAGCACUCGUCCAGCCUCACCAACUCCAACAUCCCCCGUUUUGGCGUCAAGACAGAGACGGAAGAUGAGCUAGGCAAGGAGCUGGAACAUGUGAACAAAUGGGGCCUUAACGUGUUUAAGAUUUCGGAAUUCUCUGGAAAUCGGCCACUGACAGUCAUGAUGUAUACAAUAUUCCAGGAGCGAGACUUAUUAAAAACAUUUAAAAUUCCACUGGACACCUUUAUCACCUACCUGAUGACCUUAGAAGACCAUUAUCAUGGCGACGUGGCCUACCAUAACAACAUCCACGCUGCUGAUGUCACCCAGUCUACCCACGUGCUGCUAUCCACGCCAGCGCUUGAGGCAGUAUUCACAGACCUGGAGAUCCUGGCCGCCAUCUUCGCCAGCGCCAUACACGAUGUGGACCACCCGGGAGUGUCGAAUCAGUUCCUCAUCAACACCAACUCUGAGUUGGCGCUGAUGUACAACGAUGCAUCAGUGUUGGAGAACCACCACCUGGCAGUGGGCUUCAAGCUUUUACAGGAGGAAAACUGCGACAUCUUCCAGAACCUCACCAAAAAACAACGACAAUCACUGCGCAAAAUGGUCAUCGACAUUGUGUUGGCUACGGACAUGUCUAAGCACAUGAAUUUACUGGCUGACCUAAAAACUAUGGUGGAAACCAAAAAGGUGACCAGCUCAGGAGUCUUGCUGCUGGACAACUACUCAGACCGGAUACAGGUCCUGCAGAACAUGGUGCACUGUGCCGACCUGAGCAACCCCACCAAGCCUCUGCAACUGUACAGGCAGUGGACCGACCGUAUCAUGGAAGAAUUCUUCAGCCAAGGCGAUCGCGAGAGGGAGCGGGGCAUGGAAAUCAGCCCUAUGUGCGACAAACACAACGCCUCCGUGGAAAAGAGCCAGGUGGGUUUCAUUGACUACAUCGUGCACCCUCUGUGGGAGACGUGGGCCGACCUGGUGCAUCCGGACGCUCAGGACAUUUUGGACAUGCUGGAGGAUAACCGGGAAUGGUACCAAAGCACCAUCCCCCAGAGCCCCUCGCCCACCCUGGAUGAGCCCGAGGACGGCGGGCGUCACCCGGGUGGGGACAAGUUCCAGUUCGAGUUGACACUGGAGGAGGACGGGGAGUCGGACACAGAGAAGGACAGCGGCAGCCAGCCGGAAGAGGAGGAGGAGGAAGAUGAGGACGAGGAAGAAAACAGCUGUACGGACUCCAAAACACUCUGCACGCAGGACUCGGAAUGCACUGAAAUACCUUUGGAUGAGCAGGUGGCUGAGGAAGCAGAAGUAGCAGAGGAGGAGGAGGAGGAGGACACCCCCUGCUCACCAACGUGUGUUGUAGAGGAAGAAGAAGAGGAGGAGGAGAAAGAAGUGAAAACCCCUGACACAUAA